CAGAGGAAGACGAUCGCGAACCAAGAGAACAACCAAGCACUACCCAACCCAGCAGUACAAGGGAAAUCCUAUCAACCGACGCCAAAUAUGAAGACCAUCCAUAUGGUACUGCUCCUAGCCAUGGUCCUCGUCGCAUCAUCGUCAGGCGGCAUGGCGGGCAAGGCAGUUGGGCCCCAGUACUUCCAAGACACUUGCUCGGCGGUGAUCCCGACGGGUACCAAGUGCGAGGCGGCCAAGUGCAAGGCGGACUGUGCGCGCCAGUUCAAGGGCGGAGUUGGUGGUUGCGCCGCCCAUGGUUGCCGGUGCAUCUACACCUGCACCUUCCCAAGUAGUAUGUGACCUUGAUGUAGCGACCGGGGCUGGAUGCUGACCAGUAUGAGAAGAGGGUCAUAUAUGUGCUUGUUAUUAUUCUUGAAAUUUAAUAUAAAUGGAAAAGGAAAUGUUAUGUAGUA